GUGUGGGUGGUGGUGAGUGUAAAUGGCGGCGCUCAGGUCAGUGGACGGUUCAGUGGGGGAAUGUAGCCCACACUACUUUUGAUCAUUUGAAUCAAGAACAUGGAAACCUCAGUGAAGAGUUCAUUAACAGAAACCGUACUAAUCACAGGUGGGGGAGGUUAUUUUGGGCACAGACUGGGCUGCACCUUGCACAAGCGAGGAGUAAGGGUGAUCCUCUUUGAUAUCAGCAAACCCACCGAAGCAUUGCCUGACAAAGUAGUAUUUGUAAAAGGAGAUAUCCGCAACUACCGGGAGGUGGAGACUGCUCUACAGAAUGUAGAUUGUGUCUAUCACAUAGCUUCAUACGGGAUGUCUGGUAGAGAACAGCUAAACAAAAGGCAGAUAGAGGACGUCAAUGUGAAAGGGACUGAGCACCUGAUCCAGGCCUGCCUGAAGAAUGGAGUACAAAGACUGGUUUACACAAGUACUUACAAUGUUGUGUUUGGGGGUCAAACCAUUAAAAAUGGGGACGAAUCCCUUCCUUACUUACCACUGCACCUUCAUCCAGAUCACUACUCCAGGACCAAAUCGUUGGCAGAGAUGAAAGUGCUGAAGGCAAAUGGCACGAAAGUAAAGAACAAGAAGGGUGUUUUACUGACCUGUGCCUUGCGCCCAGCCGGCAUCUAUGGGCCUGGUGAGCAAAGGCACCUUCCGAGAAUAGUCCACUAUAUAGAGAGUGGAAUCUUUAAGUUUGUGUACGGAGCAAAGGAUAGUCUAGUUGAAUUUGUCCAUGUUGACAACCUGGUCUCUGCUCACAUACUGGCAUCCGAACACCUUUUGGCAGAGGGAAGUCACACAGCUGCGGGUCAGGCUUAUUUUAUAUCUGACGGCAAACCAGUGAACAACUUUGAGUUUUUGAGACCUCUGGUGGAAGGCCUCGGUUACAGGUACCCCACAGUUCGGCUGCCACUCGCCCUGAUCUAUUUCUUUGCAUUCCUCACAGAAAUGGUUCAUUCUCUCGUGAGCCCCGUUUACAACUUCCAACCGCUUCUCACCCGCACAGAAGUCUACAAAACCGGAGUCACUCAUUACUUCAGCAUGGAGAAAGCCCGCAGAGAGUUGGGUUACAGACCGCUGGAGUUUAGCCUCAGGGAGGUAGUCGAGUGGUUCAAAGCUCGUGGUCACGGUCGCGACCAAGCCACGUACGGUGUAAAACAUUUUCUACUGAAUGUGGUGUUUUUUAUAUUGUUGUCUGCUGUAAUAUUGUCUUGGCUCCCGGGAGUUUCAUCCUAACUCAUGUAAGCAUUAUUUUGAGUUUUUCCUAAGGUGAUGUUUUCAUAAGGUCAUUUCAGGACAUCAUUGAUGGUACGUUUUUCACUUUCCCGUAGAGUAAGAGAAAUUACAGCAGAGGGUGAUUCAUAGUCAUUCAGCCUAAAUUGGUGCUAGCUUCCCUCGAAGAAUCCCUGGGAGCUCUAUUUAACAAGUCUCUGCUCUUACUCUAUACCCUCUUGUAUUCCUUUAACCGCUUUUAAUGGAGAAGAGUGAUAGCAUCACUAUACUCCUUGUGGCUGUUGAAAAAUUUCCCUGUUAAAAAGUGGUGCCACAUUAAUGUUAGCCACACCGUUUUUGGGACCACACACAAAGUAUAGUAGUUGUGUAGAGUUUGAAAUGAAUUGCACAUGAGAAGUUAGAUGGACUUGUGUAUUCGUCAUUGUUAAAAUCUCCACCGAAAACUGAACUCCACCACAAAUCCUGUAACAAAUUUGAGCAGCACGUACAAAGCUAUAGGGUUUCUCAGAGAAUAAAACGGGUUCAAUGUUGAUUGGAUCACAGUGUGGAAUUAAGCUUCUUGCUGAGUUACAAAUCAGUCUGUAAGUUGUUGCACAGCAACAUGCUCCAGCUUCAUUCUACCGCAUGUUGCCUCUUGCUCAGGACAAGCUGAGAUAGAGUCUCUUGGCAGGUUGUAGUUAGUGCUGUACAGGUAGCUGACACCUUCAGUGUGAGCCAGUAAUAAUAAUAAUGUAUGGUACUAAGCACCUUUAUUUUAGCAAACUGACAGUAAUUUCAAAAGGUUACAGAUUUGAAUCAUGCUUUAAGAAUUUGUAAAUCUUAGAACUAACCUACUUUAUAGGCAGAGCAGUGACAUAGACACAGGGACGUCCUAAAGCGGAAGUUUCUUUGAAAUCCCCAAACACAUCUGUUUCUUUGGAAAGUGUGUUUUAAGAUUGUUAAUGCUGUAUGUAAAUGAAGUGCCUUGAUUCACAAAUGUAAUAUUUUUCUCUUAGUAAAAGGAUACAGUUCUGGUACCUUUAAUGCACUUUCCUUGAAUACUUUGUACGAAAUGUUUUAAUUUUACUACUACUAAAUCUAUGGUGAAUAAUGGUCCAUUUUGUAAGUCAAAUGACAUUUUUAUUAUGUUUAUAAUGAUAUCUGCAACUACCAUAUUCUGUUCUUUUGCAUAAUAGGCUUUAAAUGACAACUUUUGCACACAUUAAAAAGUUAAACAAAAA